GGCCGGCCCCCGCGGGUAGUGGAGCCCGUUUGUUCCGCCCGCGUCGCGCCUCAAGCCGGAGCCUGUGAGGAGCGGAAGGGCCGAGGGACGUCUUCCCCGCGCCGCCCCGACGCCAGCGGAGCCGUGGCCCCCUCCCCGCCCUCGCGCUGAGAAUCGCGGGUACCGAUGGACGUGGCCGAGAGCCCUGACCGGGACCCUCGCUCUCCGGAGGACGACGAAGAGGAGCGGCAGGGGCUCUCGGACGAUGACAUUCUGAGGGAGAGCGGCUCCGAGCGGGCCUCCGACGGGGCGGGGGGCCUGGAGGACGAGGGGCACGCGGCCCCGGGGCUGGGCCGGCAGGGGCGGCGGGGGGACGAGGGGGACGAGGAGGACGAGGAGGGGGGGGGCCCCCCCUCCGACGACGAGGACCAGGACGCGGGCAGGGGCCCCGCGAGCCCCCCGCGCGGGGCGGAGGCGGACGGGGGGGAGGAGGAGCGCACGAGCGACCUGAGGGACGAGGCGUCGUCGGUCACCCGGGACCUGGACGAGCACGAGCUAGACUACGACGAGGAGGUGCCCGAGGAGCCCGCGCCCGCGCCGGACGACGAGGCCGACGACGACAGGGGGGCGGGCGCUCCUGGGGCCGGGGGGGCCGCGGGCGCUCACGGCCCGGAAGGCAGGGAGCCCCUGGAGCCCCCCAAGGAGAAGAACAAGGAGGACGACGACGGGGAGCUGGACGACGGGGAGCUGGAUGAUGAUGAUCUGGAGGAGGGUGAAGUAAAGGACCCUAGCGACAGGAAGGUGAGGCCGCGUCCCACCUGCCGAUUCUUCAUGAAAGAUGUUGUGACAGCCUUGUCCACUCCUCUUCCACCAAUAUCACAUUCCUUACCAGUCAGAGGCCAGGUUAAAGGGAACUGCACGUGGGGAAUGAACUGCAGGUUUAUACACCCUGGAGUCAACGACAAGGGCAACUAUUCCUUAAUCACCAAAGCCGAACCUUUCCCGCCUAACGGUGCCCCUCCUCUUGGACCUCACCCGCUGAUGCCUGCCAGCCCCUGGGGUGGGCCCGUAGUUGAUGAAAUUUUGCCUCCACCCCCCCCAGAACCCCCCACGGAGAGUGCCUGGGAACGAGGACUCCGGCACGCGAAAGAGGUUUUAAAAAAAGCAACCAUUCGAAAAGAACAGGAGCCUGAUUUUGAAGAGAAAAGGUUUACGGUGACCAUCGGCGAAGACGAACGGGAGUUUGACAAGGAAAACGAAGUUUUCCGAGACUGGAAUUACCGAAUCACGAGGGAUGUCCGAGACCCAGUCCUGGAGCCUUACGCAGAUCCGUACUACGACUAUGAAAUCGAGCGUUUCUGGCGUGGUGGGCAGUACGAGAACUUCCGGGUGCAGUACACGGAGACGGAGCCGUACCACAAUUACCGGGACCGGGAGCGCGAGCGCGAGCGCGAGAACCGGCAGCGGGAGCGGGAGCGGGAGCGGGAGCGGGACCGAGAGCGGGAGCGCCGGCAGCGGGAGCGCGAGCGCGAGCGCGAGCGCGAGCGGGACAAGGAGCGGCAGCGGAGGAAGGAAGAGUGGGAGAGAGAGCGAGCCAAGCGCGACGAGAAGGACCGACAGCACAGAGACCGCGACCGGGAGAAGGAGCGCGAGAAGGAGAAGGAGAAGCCGAAGCCCCGCUCCCCGCAGCCACCCAGCCGUCAGACUGAGCCACCGAAGAAGGAGGCCAUUGCUGCAGGCCCGCAGGUGAAGCGAGCGGAUGAGUGGAAGGACCCCUGGCGUCGGUCCAAGUCUCCCAAGAAGAAGCUCGGGGUGUCCGUCUCCCCGAGCCGGGCCCGGAGGCGUCGGAAAACAUCAGCCUCGUCGGCCUCUGCCUCCAAUUCCUCCAGGUCGUCGUCGCGGUCGUCCUCGUACUCGGGCUCUGCGUCGUCCCGCUCGCGCUCCCGCUCGUCGUCCUACAGCUCCUACUCCAGCCGCUCCUCCCGGCACAGCUCGUUCUCAGGCAGCCGCUCCAGGUCCCGGUCCUUUUCCUCGUCCCCGUCCCCGUCCCCAACGCCUUCCCCACACAGACCUUCCGUCAGAACCAAGGGGGAGCCAGUCCCGCCUCCUGGGAAAGCAGGAGAGAAGUCCGUGAAGAAGCCAGCCCCACCUCCAGCGCCGCCACAGGCCCCUAGGACCCCUGCCCCGGCGCCCGAGCCUGCCAAGCCGGGGGACCCUCGGGAAGCCAGGAGGAGGGAGCGGCAAGCGAGGAGCCCCCCCAGGAGGCGGACCAUCAGCGGCAGCGGCAGCGGCAGCAGCUACAGCGGCUCCAGCUCCAGAUCCAGGUCCCUGAGCGUGAGCAGCGUCUCCUCAGUGUCCAGCGCCACGUCGAGUAGCAGCUCGGUGCACAGCGUGGGCUCAGACGACAUGUACGCAGACCUGGCCAGCCCCGUGUCCUCGGCGAGUUCGCGCUCCCCCACCCCAGCCCAGACCAAGAAGGAGAAAGGAAAGUCCAAAAAAGAAGACGGGGUUAAAGAAGAUAAGCGGAAAAGGGACUCGGCACAGCUGCCCAAGUCCUCGAAGCCCUCUGCAGGCGGCAAAGCCCCGCAGCCCGCGGGCCCCCCGCAAGCGCCCCCCGGGCAGCCCCAGCAGGGCUCCUUCGUCGCCCACAAGGAGAUCAAGCUGACGCUGCUGAACAAGGCGGCUGACAAAGGGAGCCGGAAGCGGUAUGAACCCUCGGACAGAGACAGGCAAAGCCCUCCUCCAGCCAAGCGUGCUAACGUGUCCCCAGACCGAGGUUCUCGGGACCGGAAGUCAGGUGGGAGACUUGGCUCCCCGAAGCCAGAGCGGCAGAGAGGCCAGAAUUCUAAGGCACCCGUGGCCCCUCCAGACAGGAAGCGCCAGCUGUCACCCCAGUCCAAGAGCUCCAGUAAGGUCACGAGUGUGCCCGGCAAAGCCUCAGACGCCGGCGCUGCCACCGCCGUGUCCACCGGCACCAAAUCAGGGAAGGCCAGCACGCUGUCGCGGCGCGAGGAGCUCCUGAAGCAGCUCAAGGCCGUGGAGGACGCCAUUGCUCGCAAGCGGGCCAAGAUCCCCGGGAAAGUGUAGGGGCCCCACGGGCUCGGCCCCCCCGAGUUAGAGACUCUCGUGUUUUUAUAAAUAGGGUAAGCACAGCCGUCUCCGAUUUUGAAGUUAACGUCUAAUUUUGGCUGUGAUUCUUUUUAAAAAUUAAAAAAGGAAAAAAAAAGUUUCUCAGCUGGAAAAGAAGCCACACACGAAAUGAGGGUGAUGCUGAAUCCCACAGGCUCCCCCCGGAAGGCGGGCCGGCCUGAGCGGCCCCAGCCCAGGGCAGGGGGCCCGGAAGGCGGGCGGGCCGGCCGGCGGCAGGAGCAAGGGCGCGGCAUCGGUUUUAUUAAAUUAUACGUCCCAGGCGCCCGGUUCCGCCUGCCCGGUCUGCCUCCCCCACCCUCACCCCGUGCCAGCCAGCCUGCCCCGGGCCGGUCCUCUGCACCCUCCUCCCUGCCCCAGGGCCCCGGGAGCCUGUGCUCCCCACCCGCCUCCUCCCCACCCCGCCGCCCCCAGGGUCAGAAAAUAGAUAUAUAUUCUUGACUGAAGUCCGAUUGGGAAAUAUUUCCUGUCUUUUAUUUUAAGCAUCAGAUUGUUUUAGUUGAUUUAAAAAGGAAAAAAAAAA